GAUGUCAUGUUAAGUGUGAACAAACAAACGUCGUUAAAGGUUUCAUUUUAUUCACCAUUGAACAAGCAGUUUCGGUCAGGCUGCCCGAAAUCGCGGUGGGCAGGUUCAAACUCCAACGCUCACGCUCCAAUCCAAUACUUAACCGUCUCUUUACUUCCUCAAUCACACCAACUAACUUACCAAACAGCCGUGAAAGGCGGCGCGUGAGGAAGUUUCCGGCCACCUCUCUUUCACGUUCUGUUGGUUGAGAGGAAAUGGGUCAGAAUCAAUCAAGUUGUGUGGUGAAGAAGAAAGAGAAUAGUGUGUUUUCUUCUGCUGUUGCUAAUGGUGAGUUGGAGAUAGUUGAAGCUAUGGUUUAUCAAGAUGUUGGUGUUUUGGAGAAUUCUGUUGGUCGUGCUAGGUUGUCUCCGCUUCAUUUAGCAGCUGCCAAUGGUCGGAUCGAGGUGCUUUCCAUGUUAUUGGACCGGAAUGUCAAAGUUGAUGUCUUGAAUCGCCAUAAACAGACACCAUUAAUGUUGGCUGUGAUGCAUGGAAAGACUGGUUGCAUGGAAAAACUUAUUCAAGCUGGAGCUAAUAUAUUGAUGUUUGAUACCAUUCGUCGAAGAACCUGCUUGCACUAUGCUGCUUAUUAUGGCCAUGUAGAUUGCCUAAAGGCUAUUCUUUCAGCUGCUCAUUCCACACCUGUUGCAGAUUCUUGGGGAUUUUCUAGAUUUGUGAAUAUAAGAGAUGGAAACGGUGCUACACCACUCCACCUUGCUGCUCGUCAUAGACGGCUUGAAUGUCUUCAUUCCCUUUUAGACAACGGGGCUCUUGUUUGCGCUUCAACCGGUGGAUACGGAUUCCCUGGGAGCACACCGCUACAUAUGGCUGCCCGUGGUGGUUCUGUUGACUGUGUCCGGAUGUUGCUUGCUUGGGGAGCAGAUAGGCUUCAAUUAGAUUCUUCCGGGAGAAUACCAUUCACAGUUGCUCUGAAGCACAAGCAUAGAGCAUGUGCUGCCCUGCUUGAUCCUUCAUCGGCUGCACCGCUUGUUUGGCCAUCGCCGCUAAAGUUUAUCGGCGAGCUCAAUCAGGAAGCCAAGGCCUUACUGGAGAAUGCGUUACUAGAAGCUAAUAGGGAGAGAGAAAAGACCCUACUAAAGAAGACUGACACACCUCGAUCUCCUCUACAUUCUGAUAGCAAAUAUGAUGAUAUUGUCUCAGAUUCUGAGGAAAGCAAUAUGGAAUUAUGCUGUAUAUGCUUUGACCAAGUCUGCACAAUUGAGGUUAGACCUUGUGGUCAUCAAAUGUGUGCUCAUUGUACCCUCGCGCUAUGCUGUCUCAAGAAGCCUGAUCCUGCAACCGGUUGCACCACUGGACCAUUUUGUCCAUUUUGCCGAGGUGCCAUUCUUCAGUUAAUCGUUGCCAAGAUCAAGACUAGUAGUGAUACAGAAGAAGUGGAAUCCAGUCCAACAACAAAACCGAAGAAGUCAAGAAGAUCAAAUUUCAGCGAAGGGAGCAGCAGCUUCAAGAGUUUAUCAGCCAUGGGCUCGUUUGGAAGGAUUGCUGGCCGCAAUUCAGGAAAGAUUGACACUGAAAAGCAAUGAGGGAUUUGUUAAGUCUUGAUGAUUUCUGUUGGUGGUUUCUUUGACAUAUGAAUGGUGAUUUUACACGUGCUGUGGAAUAUCUACCUAUAGUAGCAUAUUAUUUGAGCUCAUUUUUUCCAUUGUCCGAAGGAUUGUUAAGAUCAUGCAAGACAAUAGAUGAAAUAGAUUCUUAUAUGGUCAGUUUGAUUCUUUGUAAUCCGAUUAUCGGUUGAACUUUCGGCAUACAUUUUUAUUUUUAUUUCACGAAAUAUAUGAAGUGUAAGUAUGCAUGAGAUGAAGGUAUUUUUCCUUGGUGCUUGAGUAUGAUCAACAUAUACAGAUAUGUAGUCAACUCAGGGACAUGAGCUGUAUCCAUGCGUCUCUUGGAUGUAUUAUGGGUUUCGCGUCAUCCAAGCUGUGAGCGUCUUGACUUUAUUCAACUCAACGAUUCGGUGAUUUGUUUGGAUUCGUUCAUUCUCAACCUACUUUUCAGGCCAUGAUUCAUUUGCAACCCGGAACAUGUCAAUUUAUUCAACUGAAGAUUUUGUAUUUCAAAGUUAAGUGGUUAGUCUCUCUCAUUCUGUGUAUUCUCAAUCUUGUUUCUUAGUUAUUGCACAGGUUAUAACUGUGGCUGUGUAAUGAUAGGUAUAUAUUGUAAUUUGUAAAGCUUCAAAUAUAUUAUUUGGGGCAUUCAUUUAUCCCUUUGAGUUGGAAAAUGAGUUGGAAAAUAUAUUGUGUUUCAUAUUCA